CUCAAUAUGGUAAAGAUGAAUGAAAACUAAAAUGUACUUUCUGGUCUAAAUUUAAGGUUAGGCGUAAAGUUAGUAGUGCGGUUAAGGUUAAGUAAGGUUUAAAAUCACAUUUUAAGAAGAUAAAUUGUAGAAAUAGGCGGAGUUUAUGACUUUGUGUUUGUGGUAACAAGUAACGAGCCUUCAUGACAGUGCGCGUCAGUGGGCAGAUUAGAACUCUGGUUGCAAGCCAGCUAGCUAGUUACAAUGUGAGGUAAAAAAAUUAAAAUAAGAAUUGUUCGAUAAUCGUGGCUGGAGAGAUUUGACACGUCUACCAUUCAAAUAACUAGCUCAAUGACCAUUUAAAGUAAAUAAGAUAGAAACAAGUAGAAAAGCAUACCUGCUCCUGAUGAGAGCUAGUUUCCCAGUUGUCCAAGUAGCUAUAGCAACACCAUAAUCUGGAGUGGCAAAGACAAGCUAGCAAAUCAACUAGCUUGCAAGCAAGUGAUUUUGAAACACAAAAUCUGUCUGACAUUCACGGUCAUGAACCUCGUGUGUAAACAAAAAAAGAUGUGUAUGAAUGAGGACGAAGAGGAGCUAUUUUCUAAAGAAAUAGAGGAAAUUCGCAAGUUUUCACUGGGGAAUCAAUUGAGGGUGGGAUUCUUUGGUCCAGAUGCUUCUGUCCAAACCGAUGUCUCAGAAUUACCCACUGUCAAGUUACUGUCUGACCACACUGCUGAACUUAUAAAGAAUAUGGAUACCCUGAAAAAAGACAUUUUUUUGAAAAUAAAGUUCAUACAGGCACACUAUGAGUCCAAACUUCAGCAAGAGGCAGAGUCCUUGUAUACCAGCAUGAAUGACAAAGUGAAGAGUUUGGAGAAUCGUCAUAAGGAGAAAGUAAAAGUUAUACGGAAAAGUUAUCAACAACAAUUCAAUGAUGCAAUCCAUGUGAUCAGAGGCAGCUACCAGAAUUACUACCUUAAAAAAGGAGAAAAUGUAGCUGCUGUUGCUAGUGAGACAGGGAGACUGAAAGAUCUGAUGAAUGAGAUCCAAGAGAAGAACUUGAAGAUCACGUGUAUGAGUGAACAGCUGAGGGAAUAUGAGGAGAGAGUCUUCACAAAGAUUAGCUGUGAGGCUGUGGAUGACCCGGAUAAAGAAUGGCUGAGACAAGAGAAUCAAAAGCUACAAGACGACAUUGACUCCAUGCACAUUGUCAUGGACCAGGUCCGCAAUUCCUUGGAGGCUAAAGAGCAGCAGUUGGAAGAUCUAGCACAUAAUCUAAACGAUGUGAAAGCAAAGUUAGAGGAUGAGAAAAAAGCCCUGCAAAAGAUGACCAGUGACUAUGAUCAUCUGAAAGUACAACUCAGCAUUGAGAAGGACACCGCCAGAAACAAGAUGAUGUCGCUAAAACAAGAGCUGGAAAAAGAAAUACAAAUCAUUGAAGACUUACGGAAGAGUGAGAAACUUGCUGUGGAAAAGGAAGUUAAUGAGAAAUUGAGUGCAGAGAAGGAGAAACAAAAAAGAGAAGUGCUUGCUCAGGAGGCCGUCUUAAAAGCUCAAGCAGCAGAAGAACAACCUGUGUUUCAGGUUGCUGAAGGGGGGGAGGAGUUGAUCCGACAACUUAAUGAACUAAAAAAGAUGGAGACCUUACAGAAACAAGAUAUAGAGAAACUCCAAAAGCAGUUGUUUCGCUGUAAUGGAAUAUGGGAAAAGAAAUUUGAGAUUCUGAAGGCGAGUUUCCAUGCCAUCAAAGAUGAGAUGUUCUUGCGACAGACGUUACAGCGGCAGGCAGCUUCACUGCAACAUGCCUCAGUCAACUACAUGAUGGACAGUGCUGGUUCUUACCAAAGUCCUGUGUACAAUGGAUUCAAAAUGCCGAGCAGCUAUGCCACAGGGACACCUCUGCCCAACAUAGGUACUGGAGGUUUUCAGAAGAUGGACAGAACCGGUGAGAUCAUGGACAUCAGUGUGUUGAGUGGCAGAAGAACAGAUUGUUCAGAAUCCCAGAUGGAAUCAGGAGAUGAAGAGGAGCUGUGUGGAAUUCUUCCUCUUCCUUGCCUUCUGUCCCAUACCAGGCAAAGAGCAUCCCUCACAUCUGCAAUCUGCACCCCUUCAAAAUGACAAACCUAUACCAACAUUUAUGUUUUACAGACAAUUAAACAAAUUAGAAAGUUACAUACAUAUCUGAUGCAUUUCAGUAGCCUACGGUUGCAUUUACAUAGGCAGCCCAAUUUUGAUCUUUUACCCACUAAUUGGUCUUUUGACCAAUCACAUCAGAUCUUUUCACAUCAGAUCUUUUUCAGAGCUGAUCUAUUGGUCAAAAGACCAAUUAGUGAAAAAAGAUAAGAAUUAGUCUGCCUAAUUUUUCUCUCUGCCCCAUGCAAUAUUUGUACAGUUGCAGUAAAUCAGUUUUAAAACAGCAAGACUUUCUUUCAUCCUCAUUGGCAAAAUGUGUAGAAUUGUAGGAAGUUAACUUUUUUUGUGGGGGAGGCUUGCUCAGACCUUGCUUGGGGGGCCUGCGAAAACUGUGGUACACCACUAAUCCAGCCAGCCACAUCUCACUUUCCCAGGCUGCAUUCAGAAAAAAAGCCAAACCCCCACAGUCCGCUGCUGCAGGCCCCUUUCAUGCCAAACCUCAUGACAUUAAACGACAGGCUUAAAAUCAAUUAGCAAUUUCUCCUUCAAUUGGAUGUCAUUUAUUACUGAUGAUGGUUAGAAUAUGACUCUUUCACUGUCUCACAGUCCUCUUUAUAAACAUUAUGUGAUUAUACAUUAACUUCUUGUUAUUUUCAACAGUCCAUCAUUUGGUGACUUUAAUAAGACACUUUUACAUUCUAGCUGGUCAUUCAGUAAAACACUAUGGGCUGUAGGGUAACCAUGUUGUCAUAGAAACUGCUGGCAUAUAUAUUAUGUCCCUUAAAAGUCUCAGGAGGGUUUCUUACUCAGGACGUUUGCCUCUUUCAGAGCUUCUGCAUUGGUUGUAAGACAACAAAGUGGGGAAUUUUUGUUGGACUUAAAGUAAUUGCUUUCAUUAAAUGCUGGAUAAAUAGCAAUUGCUGGUAUGGUGGAGUCCAGCAGAGUUUCAGCAUACAGGGUUAAUCAGUAAGAGUAAGUGCUGGCUGGAAACCUUCCCAACACCAUGGCUCUCAGCCAUCUUAACAAGUCCCCAAGUUUAUGGUCACUUAGUACAGAACUACCCAGUUCAAGCUUUCCCAUUUGAUUCAACUCUUUGGAAUAGAAUGUGAAAAACUGAUUGUUUAUAGCAUAAGUUGAAUAGACCCACUGUCUGCAAGUUAUACAAUCUCUUCCAAUUAUAAUAAUAUAGGCAUUUGUCAUUAUUGAUUUACACCUUGCACCAUCUUUUAUUCAACCUAUAUAGUCUACUUUCCUGAAUAUCUUUGAAGUAUAUAUGGUAACCUUUUGUAAAUAUAUAACAGUUCUUCCAUUAAAAUAUUUUCAGAAUGUAAA